AUCACACUUUGACGAGCUCCAGUCGUUUAGCAUGGGCUUGGAUAGUUCACUUAUUUGCCUAUCCCAAGUCUUCUAUGCUCACAUCUGCAACGGGCUAUCACGUCAAAAGUCGUGGGCAAUAUAAGGCGCUGCUUUGAGCUCAUGACGACGAUUUAGAAUGGGCAUGCCUGAGGAUUUCUCGCGUGCAAAUGGCCGGUGGGGAUGCGGCAAGGAUGUAUGAGAGGCUGUACGGAUUCGGGCUGAACUGCGCUGCUUGGGCGCAAUGUAACUCGCGUACCAGUCAGAAUCGGCGGGAUAGGUCUGUUCUCUGUAGCCGAAGGAAUUGUCAAAAGGUUUGACCUCAGCAUCGUGAACGACAUGGAGACGUGCUUAGGGCGGAAGUGAGGGAAGGUCAGCAUAGGUGUAGAGGCGAACAGCCUGAGGGGAUGCUGAAGAAGAGGAUCGUCGAGGCUCCCUGCCUGGAAGCGCUCAGUCUGAGUGUCAUGUCGCGCCAGAAAAGCUCGAGCUUGAAUACGGCCUCGGAGGUGCCUUGGACGUGCACCGUCAAGGUGCGCCGCAUCGGGCCGCAUCCUCACCCUCGUGAGCCCCAUCCUGUAGAUCCGAGCAGCGAGAACCCUGAGAUCUUGCGCGCCAAGGCUCGGACGAUGUCGCCGACACCACAUCACCCUAAGGUCGUCGGCAUGCUCAAGGUGCCGUUCCCGCUGCCAGAUGUCGACGUGGCGCAUAUAGCUGUGCGCAAGCGGAAGUCGGGGCAGGGGCCGUUGGGCACGACUCAGAAACCUGGAAACGGUCUGACGCUGCGGCCGAAGAAUUCAAGGACGUGAUAUGCAGCACCGGGCUCUGGCUCGUCGUGCGCGAAAAUUUCGGAGGGAUCGGGAAAGUCAGCCGAAAAGGAGAUGGAUGGAGGAUCCGGGGAUGACAACCAGCUACAUAUAACUACAAUAUCAGUGCUGAGUCGAGGAUCCGUCUUGACUGUCCUGAUACCCUUGUCCAUAAUACUGCUGAGAUGGGGCAGUGAAAUCUGUCGAUUCCAUGAGGAUACAGAUCAAAGCUGCCACAAUCGACAUAUACCUUGUGCAGUAUUGACCGGAUAGCUGCUUGAACUUUGUGGAUGACUAGGCUGAAAGUUCAUCUGGCCAGAUGGAACAAACACCGCUGAAUUUGCGUUCAGAGGAUAUGGGACCUGAUGCGAAUUGGGAUACUGAGCGACCGGGUUGGGAACGAAAAUCGAUUCGCUCGCUGGUCGCUGCUGGUAAGGGUGCAGUUGGUACUGGUAUUCCUGCAUGUGAGGUUGCUGCGGCGGAUGGUGAUAUUGGAAUUGCUGAUAGUACGACUGCUGGUCCUGAAAUGGCUGUUCCUGCUGGUAGUAGUUCGAUUGGUGCUGGUACGGCUGCUGGAGUUGUUGGUUGUAAUACAUGGGAUGUAAA